AUGGCUCCAUCCGCUCCCCCCGUCGACCUGGUGGACAAGCUCAAGGCGCUCGGCAUCAACGAACGGUCCGCCAAGUUUGCGCUCACGAAAUGCAACAACGAUGUGCAGGCCGCAGCCGAUUACGUGUUCUCUGGAAGGGCAGGCAAGGAUGAGGUGAGCGACAGUACCCUAGUCAAGAGCCCCAUACUGGACCCCGUGCCCGAGGGCGAGUUGAGCGAGCUCAAGGAGAGCGGCGCCCUUAACGGCGCGCCACGGGGCGGAGGAGGCGAGUCGUCGUCCAUCGGACGCUGGCCCAUGUCUGGCCGCUUCAGACGGUCGAUAGACGCCAGCUUUAGCUCUCUCCGCCCUCCUCGCCGCACCAGUGAAGGCAGCAUCCCCACUCCCAGAGUCUCUCUCGGCUAUUCAGACGGAGAGACCAUAUCGCGCGCAACCAGCGACCCAUCAUCAACAGUCGUCUCAAGUCCGACUUCCCCCAGCCCCCUUUCCUCCCCAUCAGCAACGUCCCCACUGACACAGGUUCCCUCUUCUUCCUCCUCUUCGUCAUUCCGCGAUCCCGAUUGGUACACACAACAGUCUGCCGACCUCAUCAUGAACGCUCUCAGCCGCAGCACUGGCACCACCCCGAGUGCUAGCCGCACAAGUACACCCGUUCCCCCCGCGCCGCCCGUGGCCAAGCCAACGGUCAAGGUUGCCACGCCGGCACCCAAGUCGGACCUCAACAAGCCCACAGCCGGCGCUCUGGCUGCUCUCGGAUUCCGCGCCGCUGCAGUCGCUGGCCCCACCAUAACCCCUCCUACCGUCAUCCCUCCUACUCCCAUUGACGCUCCCGUGACGACUCUCCCCGCGCCCAAGCCGACGGUGCUGUCCUCGCGCCCUGUUGGCGGACUGGCAGCCGCGACCAAGGUCCCCAGCCGCUCUCGUUCCCCCUCGCCCUUCUUCCGUGCCCGCAAGUCGCGUGAGGAGCGUCGCGCACGCGACAAGAGUCCCGAUAUCCAGGCCCUGCGCAAGGACUCGGUGACGGAUGUGGGAGCCGAGAGCGACGGCGAGUCGGUUGGCGGCCAGCGUGGCCGUUUCCGCCCCCAGGCAUCCGCUUACGAGUCUCCCGACGAGAGUGGAGACGAGCAGUCCGAGGCCGACCAGGAACAUGACAACGACUCGGAAUUGGAACACACGGAUGAGCACACCGACGAGCCCGACGGGUUUGACGUCGACGACUUUUUUGACGACGAGACCAACCAGAACACCGAGGCCAAUGCCGUCUAUGACGCACCGAGCUGCGACGACGAGACGACCAAGGACCCUGAGAGUGUCGACCCGGCUACCCGCCAGAACUUUGACGUCUAUGGCGAGGAGAUUGAGCAGGACGUGCUCGGCGAGGGCCCCAACGUUGUCGUCCCCCAGGAGCCCAUCUUCCAGGCCCCCUCGGCUCCCGGUCCCAAGCGCCGCAAGUCGGUCAAGUCUGGCCUCGAGAUGGUCACCUCGCGCCCGGCCUACGCCCGUGACCGAUGCACCGUUACCAUCAACCAGGGCGACCCCGAUGGAGCUCUCGACAAGAGCGGCAAGCGCAUGCGUCGCUACGUCGUGCUGUCCGACUUGUCCGAAGAGUCGCGAUACGCCGUCGAGUGGGCGGUCGGCACCGUCGCGCGUGACGGUGACGAAAUCUUCCUCAUCUCCGUCAUGGAAGAUGAGAGCAAGGUCGACCCGAAAAAGUGGUCGUCCAAAGACCAGUCGCUCAAGCUCAAGGUGCAAAAGGAGCGCCAGACCACCGCUGUCCUCCUCUCCCGCCAAGUGACUGGCCUCCUCUCGCGCACGCGCCUGAACAUUACCGUUACGUGCCAGGCUCUCCACGCCAAAAACGCGAGGCACAUGCUUCUCGACCUGAUCGACUUCCUCGAGCCGACGCUUGUGAUCGUCGGCUCGCGCGGUCUCGGCCAACUCAAGGGUAUCCUUCUGGGUUCGACCUCGCACUACCUCGUCCAGAAGUCGUCCGUGCCCGUCAUGGUCGCCCGUCGCCGCAUGAACCGCCCCCUGCGGCGCACCAACCCCGAGGACCUGCGCCACUCGCCCCGUGUCUCCCUUGCGUCUGCCAACAUUGAAAAAACGGCGACUAGCAAGCAGGAGGACGACAUUGUCGAUGCGGCGGACGAUGUGGAGCUCGAGGACACGAUCAACCAGGUCAAGAGCGAGAUGGAGCACAAGAGGAAGUAG